GGAGGGGCCAGGGCUGGCGGGUCCCCGUCCUUCCGGGCCCACUUGAGACGCUCAGGGGAGUCCCCAGGGAGAUGACCAGAGGUGCUUAAAUAGUCCUCUGCAAUUUGGUGCUAGUGGCAGACUGCCUUUCUUUCUGCAGAGCGCUGCGAUCUGCUCAGCCUCAGAACACUCUUUUUAGCCUUUGACAUGGCAUCCUUCAAGAGGGUUACCCUCUCAGUGCUCAGCCGAGAGCAGCCGGAAGGGGUUGGAGCUCGGGUCCGCAGAAGCAUUGGCAGACCUGAGUUAAAAAAUCUGGAUCCAUUUUUACUGUUUGAUGAAUUUAAAGGCGGUAGACCAGGCGGAUUUCCUGAUCACCCACACCGAGGUUUUGAAACAGUAUCUUACCUCCUGGAAGGGGGCAGCAUGGCCCAUGAAGACUUCUGUGGACAUGCUGGUCAGUUGAACCCAGGAGACCUGCAGUGGAUGACCGCGGGCCAGGGCAUCGUGCACGCCGAGAUGCCUUGCUCAGAGGAGCCAGUCCAUGGCCUACAACUGUGGGUUAAUUUGAGGAGCUCACAGAAGAUGGUGGAGCCCCGGUACCAGGAACUGAAAAGCAACGAAAUCCCUAAACCCAGUAAGGAUGGUGUGACCGUGGCUGUCAUUUCUGGAGAAGCUCUGGGAAUCAAGUCCAAGAUUUACACUUACACACCAACCUUAUAUUUGGACUUCAAAUUGGACCAAGGAGCAAAACAUUCCCAGCCUAUUCCUAAAGGAUGGACAAGCUUCAUUUAUACCAUUUCUGGAGAUGUGUAUAUUGGACCUGAUGAUGCACAACAGAAAAUAGAGCCUCAUCACACAGCCGUGCUGGGGGACGGCGAUAAUGUCCAGGUGGAGAACAAGGAUCUUGAGAGAAGCCACUUCAUCCUAAUUGCUGGGGAGCCAUUAAGAGAGCCAGUUGUCCAAUACGGUCCAUUUGUGAUGAACACAGAUGAAGAGAUUUCUCAGGCCAUUCUUGAUUUCAGAAAUGCAAAAAAUGGCUUUGAAAGAGCCAAAACCUGGAAAUCAAAGAUUGGAAACUAGGGACGAGCCCAAGGGCAGAGUCUGGCCGCCUUCUAGGAUUUUGCCGUUGGUGGCAUCCACCCGUUCAGUGCAUCCAGUUUCCAGAGCUGACUUCACCAGUGCUUCUAAAGAAUUCCACACUGAAAUGAUAACGUGGUUUUGAUAGCAAUGUCUGUGAGAUAGUCUGACACAUGCAAAUAAACCUCACUGUUGCUUCUUUAAAAA